UGUGGUAUUGUACUUUACUUUAAAACAUUACAAGGCUCUGCAAUAACACAAAAAGGGGAGCUGCAAAAUUGACACUAUAAGAGAAACAGUGACUGGCCUUAAUAUUAUAAAUUAUGAAAAAAUAAAAGAACCAAACAUGAGUUUUAAGACAAAAGAGUGGGAUAAUUAAACUUGUCAGUUAAGAAGCAGUUAUUAUACAACACAUAACCACAGGGAGAAGGGGCAUGCUGUGGCAUUUAGUGGAGCAACCUGAUGGGAUCAGUCAGGGAUGAAUGUGUUCCUGUGUUAGGGGAAAGGAAUGAAGGUUCACACAGUGGUGGAAGAAGUACAAAAACAUAACACUGUAGAAAAGUUACACUAAAAGUGUAAAUUUGUCAUAGAAAAUGUAGCAAGUAUAAUGAAUUAAUUAAAUAACUUUAUAGAUCAAAGAUAUGCACGUUAUUAAAAUAAGUAAGAAAAUACAAGAAAUGGCAUUUCAGAGUGUUUUCUCUACUUUCCAUAGAUCAUUGUUACAGAUUAUCAUUUAUUUACAAAUAGCAUAUUACAGAUAGAGAUAUUUAAUACAGCUUAAAGGUUUGGGAAUAAACUCAUAAUUUGAUCUGUAUCUAUCUGGUGAAAUUAUAAUACGAUUUCUGUAAAGAAUGCAUCUGUUUUACUGAGAAAUAACGGACCCUAAUCCAAUGGUUUGACAUUUUCUGAGACUUUAUAUCCCAUGGACUAUAUUUGCUAUUUAGGUGCCAGUUAAAUUAACAAGCUAAAAUAAUAAAGGUUCAGUAAUGUCCCAGUAGCUACACACCGGUGUGUUCACCUGUUAACCUCCGAUAACCUGGUCGAAGUAGGCGGGACACCGCACUCAGUCAGCGGAUCAUAUCCCUCCGCCCAGCGUGCAAGUAGGGCCGCCCUGGGGAGGAGCCAGGUACCAGCCAGACUGACACGUAACAAUCCUGCGUAAAAAUUUAAGGAAGAAGCUACAUCUUUUUUCCUCAAGUUCACUGAGGAUAGCGCUGCUUCGCCUCAGACUUGAUGUUCAGUUGAGCUGUCCCGGACCAGAGGCCCCUCUCAGCGGCUCGUUUAAUGCAGACGCGACCGAAGCGGGCCAGCCAGACAGAGAGAGAGAGAGCCGACGUCCACGAUGAGAUUUUCAGUGUUUAUUUCUGUCCUGCGCUCGCUCGGCCCCGUGGUCAUCGGCAUUUCUUUAGGCUUCACGUUGAGUCUGCUGAGUGUCAACUGGACGGAGGAAGCGUGCUAUCUGGACGGCAAGGAGGGCGAGGAUGCGACUUUGGGUCAGGACGGGCUGCUCAAAGGAGCCCGAAAGCCCAACUCAAUUUCCAGUGUCAACGAUGUGGAGUCCGAAGGGGACUUUGAGCCGAGGAUAGUCCCAUACAAGCAAGUCCAGCCGAGUGCCCCGAAAAAAGUUUUCAGGGCUAAAUACAUAAGCACAGAGUUGGGGAUGCGAGAGCGCCUCUUCGUCGGGGUCCUGACAUCCAAGAACACCAUCAACACCCUGGGCGUCGCCGUCAACCGCACCGUUAGCCAUCACCUGGACACCGUCAUCUUCUUCACCGGCUCGCGCAACCGCAAAGUCCCCCACGGCAUGUUCGUGAUUUCGCACGGAGACGAGAGGCUGAUAUGGAACAUGUUCCAGACCAUCAAGUACAUUUUAGAUCAUCACAUCAACGAGUACGACUGGUUCUACUUCGUCCAGGACGACGCCUACACUCAGGCGGACAGGAUCAAAGGCCUGGUGGAUCACCUGAGCAUGGACCGAGAGCUUUACAUGGGCAGCCCUGAGGAGUUCAUCGGUGGGGAGAUGGAAGGGAAGUACUGUUACGGAGGCUUCGGGUACCUCCUGUCGCGGAGCUUGCUCCUGCGGCUCCAGCCCUUCUUGGAAAACUGUAGGAACGACAUCCUGAGCGCCAGGCCGGACGAGUGGCUCGGAAGAUGCAUCAUCGAUUACACCAGCACGAACUGUGUUAGUGAAUAUGAGGGACUUCAGUACCACCAUUACGAGCUGGGAAAGAACUCCGAUCCAAAUAAAGAACAGAGCGAGCAGUUUAAGAAAGCCCUGACCGUCCAUCCAGUGUCUGACCCCGAACAGAUGUACCGGUUGCACAGAUUCUUCACAGAGAUUGAACUCCAGAAGACUUACGAAGAGAUUGCUAAGCUGCAGGCAGAAAUAAAAAAUGUGAGUGUGGUGGCUUUUGAAGGAAACCGAAGCGCCCAGUGGCCAGUGGGAAUCAAUCCACCUUUUGAGCCCAAAUCUCGCUUUGAAGUUUUAAAGUGGGAAUACUUUACGGAGGAGGAGAUUUAUUCAUGCAUCGACGGGUCUCCCAAGUGCGAGCUGCGGGGCGUUGACCGCUUGGACGUGGCUGAUGUCAUCGACACGGCCGUUCGGGAGCUGAACAAGAAGUACAUGCCCGUCUUGCACCUGAAGAAACAGCAGCUGAUUAAUGGCUACAGGCGCUUUGACCCCAUCAGGGGCAUGGAGUACACCUUAGACCUUCAGCUCGAGGUUGUUAAUCAGAAAGGUCACAGCCGUUCUGUCACUAAGAGGGUUCACCUAGUGCGACCUUUGAGUCGGAUAGAGAUAAUUCCCAUGCCCUAUGUCACAGAAGCUACAAGGGUUCACAUCAUUAUUCCUCUUACGCUGCAAGACCGGACCUAUGUGAACCACUUCUUGGAAGUCUUUGCCUCAAAUGCCUUCGAGACCAGCGAGAACGCCAUCCUCACGUUCUUAUUUAUUUACGACCCGAUGGAGGCUCAGCAAGUUAACCAGAACGAUAUAUUUGCCAGCGUUAAGUCUCAGAUAAACACUUACGAACGCAAAUACCCCACAGUGAAAAUCCCGUGGAUAAGCGUCAAGACGGAAACGCCGUCUCAGAUCAAGUUCAUGGACAUCAUCUCAAAGAAGCACCCGGUCGACACUCUCUUCUUCCUGGCGAAAGUCAACACUAACAUCAACUCUGAAUUCCUGAACCGAUGCCGCAUGAAUUCCAUAAACAACUGGCAGGUGUUCUUCCCCAUCCACUUCCAGGAGUACAACCAGGACGUGGCCUAUCACAACCAGCCUCACCCGGCCACGGUGGAUCUGGUCAAGGACGCAGGCCAUUUCGACCGCAUGUCGUUUGAAGAAGCGUGUUUUUACAACUCGGACUACAUGACGACGCGCUCCCGAAUGGUGGCGGACGUCCAGGAGAACGAGGAGAUCCUGGACAGCCUGGAUGUCUAUGAGAUGUUUGUGAAGUACUCAGGUCUGCAUGUGUUCAGGGCCAUAGAGCCAGCGUUGCAUCAGCAAUACCAUUACCAGGCCUGCAACCCAAGACUGAGCGAAGACAUCUAUCACAGAUGUGUUCAGAGCAACUUGGAAGGCCUCGGGUCCCGCUCCCAGCUCGCCAUGCUGGUUUUUGAGCAAGAACAAGGAAACAGCACUUGAAGAACAAAAAGAAAGAAAAAAAAAAAAAAACACUGAAACUUCUGCACGCGUUUAAAUGGACGUUCAAAGAUGUGCGGUGGUCGUAAUAGUUUCUUGAUGCAAGCUAGAAUUUGGUGUGAGAGGGAGCGACACGUGUUAAACCUUACCCUUUUCCAUGUCGGGGCUGUAGUUUAGUUACAUCUGCGACUCCGCCCGACAUUCCUCAUCUUCCUGUGUGCAUCAAGAGCUGUUGGGUGUGUUUGAGUUCUUUGCUCGUUUGGAUAAACCAAUGCAGUAACUUCCUAAUGAAAUAGUUUUAUAUAACAGUACAGUUCCUAGAACCAAAUAUUCUCACUAAUUAAAAAAAAUAAUAAUAAUUGCAUCUAGCAGUUUUUGACCACUAGAGGCAGCACGUCGUGGCUUCAGAGGGCUCUUAUGGUUAACCCGCCCAGUACACAUGAAACAGACCCAGCGUAGUGGGUUGGAGUCUGUAUACUUUCCUCACUGAGACUCAUUAGAGCCGAUGUACUGGUACAGCUGCCUGUGGUUUUGUAUGUCGGGAGGGGUUCAUAGUUAAAACAAAUGAAUCAGACAACGCGUUGCAAGUGACAGAAAGCUUUACUGCGUUGUUGUUUUUCAGUGGGAUUAGUAGUACUAGCAGCAACCACUGGGGAUUUAGAGAAUGUUCUUUGAUAUAAUAUUGUAACAUCAAAGGCGUUUUAAAUUCGAGCUUUAGCGUCGAGCUGUGAUUUACAUCGGUAUAUUGCACCACGGUUUGUCUGCCCUUCGCAUUAGGGCAAUGCAACAUUGCACUUUUUGAAAAGUACUGAGUGUCUCAGUUCAGUGAAUCACUCAUAAGUGCCUUGUCAUUGACUUCUCACGUGUUAGCCGUUCUGAAAUUAUCUUUAAAUUGCGUUUCACCCCCUUCACAUGUGGGUAAAAUGAUUUUUUUUUUGUUUUUUCAUUUGAGAUUUGGUAUUGUUACGACAUGACCAAGUGUUGUGAAUGGACGGGACGUGUUAUCCUUCACCGCGGAUAAAGCAAGGUAGAGCUGGGAGAUUUGAGGAGGUGCUUCGUUAAAUUUCCAUUUUUCUGUCGGUGACUUGGAAAUGUCUCGAUCCCAACCACCCACAGACACAUGUGCCUUUAGAGCAGGGAGAAGGUUUCUGGGACACAUUUGUUGCUCCAAGAUGAAGCGGUGUUCUGGUGAUCAAUCGCUUUUAAGAAAAAUCUUGAUUAAUGGAGGGGAAACCACCUGGGUCCAUGUCUGAAUAGAUGGCCCAGGCUUGUGAUUCUUUUCAAGAGUCCUCCUUGAAGCAAGUGGUUCUUCACAACAGAGUUUAAUUAGUUUAGAAAUAAUCAAAAUCCACAAUGUACAGAACACUUUCCCGUGUCACCGUGUAUAAGACAGUUUAUUUACUCUAACAGGAAAUGUUUAGCUUUUCCAAAGUACUGGACGGUAUUGUUUUGAUUUUCUGAGCGAUUGAAUGGUGUCAUUUGUAGAAGCCUUCUCAGUCGUUGCUCACUGAGUUGUAGUGAAAGCAGCUGUACUGGACACCACAAAGUUCAGAGUAUAUUAUAAUGUGCAAUAUUACAGAUAACAUAGCUGGGUACAUGUCUGAAAGAGGAUGUCACUAUUAAUUUUCAGAGAGCCUCAACAACAGCGAUCAGGUACCAUCCACGGCUCACAGUGUCUGUUUAAAGCUGAGUAAAUACACUGUAUUUUUAUCCUUCUAAUGUAUUCUGCCGACACUAGACACUUUCUGUCCUCAAAUUAACUUUGAAAUUCAUGACGAGUCCUUUUAUUUAACAGUAAUUGGAUUUAAUCUAUGUUUGAAACACUACAUCCGUCCUGAGCAGUGUUGACUGUAUUUUCUGCCAUAUGAACACAGACCAUAGAGGUCCAUUUUUUUAAUUAUUUUUUUUUUUUUAUAAAUUUACAUUCAUUCUCUAACGCAUCUCUAGUUUUGACGAGAGCAGUUUCCGCCGUCGCAGUGCGCCAGCAGCCGUAGCAUGAAUGUUGGUAACGAUCGUGACACUUUUUAACGCGCGCGCAAAAUCGGACGUUUCCAAAAACCACUGUGAAAGGCGGAGGGCUGAGAUUACGGUACGAAAUUGUUGUGAUGGUCUGCGCUGCCUCCUAUAGACAUGAGAUGCCUGAUGUCUGAGGGAGCGGAGCAGAUUAAUUGUCACCAUCGCUGAGCGAAGUAUUUUGUCCAUAAUUUAUUUAUCUGUCAGGUCUCCUGAAUUAUGCAGAUUCUAAAUACUUCUGCACUAACCGAGGCUUUCAUGACACUCUUUGUACAUGUAUAAAUAUUUUAUAGACACUCUAUUUUUAAACCUUUUUUAGCUUAAUUUACACAACAACCAAUAUUUUAUUAUUAUUAUUAUUAUCAUGCUUUAUGUUACUUUGUAUGCUAUGAUUUUAAAAAUCCGGUUAUAAAAUGUGUGAAUUUCAACUCAUUCAUUCAUUUUAAAUCACGAGCAAGACUCACGCUUUUCAUUUCUGCCAGUGUUUGGACCCAUUGGUUUACAUUGUUUUAUGCACAUGGGUACUAAAAAAAACCAAAGCAAUACAUUUCAAUUAAUACUCAUCACAUAUACUGUAAUCACAUGUGCUGUAAAUCUCAAUAAACUGUGAAAUAUUCAAAAUUUUAAAUAAAGAAUAUUUGAAUAUAA